UUUAAAUGCUACUUCAAAUGUACACUGACUGAUGAAGGUAUUCUAGAAAAAAAUGAGUUAAGCUCUUUUUGAAGGCUGACACUAAGUGUUUUCGAUUGACAGGUUGUUCAUGGAAAUCCUGAAGUAUUGUACAGACUGUGAUGAAAUUCAGUUUAAGGAGGAUGGAUCGUGGGCUCCGAUGAGGUCGAAGAAGGAGGUGCAGGAAGUAACUGCGUCUUACAAUGGAGUUGAUGGAUGCAUAAGCUCCUCCUUGGAACAUCAAGUGUCUUCUCACCAACAGUCAAAUAAAAAUAAGAAAGUGGAAGUGAUUGAUUUAACCAUUGAUAGCUCAUCAGAUGAAGAGGAGGAGGAACCACCUGCAAAGAGAAACUGUCCUUCCAUAUCUCCAGCAUCACCGUUAAAUAAUAAGGGCAUUUUAAAUUUACCCCAUCAAGCAUCUCCUGUGUCAAGAACACCGAGCCUUCCUGCUGUUGACGCCAGCUACAUCAAUACAUCACUUAUCCAAGACUACAGGCAUCCAUUCCAUAUGACACCUAUGCCUUAUGACUUGCAAGGUUUAGAUUUCUUCCCUUUCCUGUCAGGAGACAAUCAGCAUUACAACACCUCCCUUCUUGCCGCUGCCGCGGCGGCGGUUUCCGCAUCAGAUGAUCAAGAACUCUUACACUCUCGUUUUUUCCCAUACACUUCAUCUCAGAUGUUUCUCGAUCAGCUGAAUGCAGGAGGAAGCAGUUCUCUGCCGGCCACAAACGGUAGCAAUAGUGGCAGUAACAGCAGUCUUGUUUCCUCCAACAGCCUGCGAGAGAAUCAUGGUCAUCCAGUUGCAAGUAGGAGCAGCACGGACACGGCGUCUAUCUUUGGUAUCAUACCAGACAUUAUUUCAUUGGACUGAGUUUUUGGAGAAAACGAACUCGUCAGAGGAAAUCUUUGUGCUUGGUUUUACUUUAUGUUAGAAACAUAGACAAGUUUUUUUUCCUUUUUUAGGGAAAAAAAUUUAUGUGUACAGAGAACAAAAGUAUAUUUUCAGUUUUACUUUUGUAUAUAAACCUAAGAUGGCCUCACUG